AUGCUGAAUAUUAAACCAGCUGUAUUUUCACGUGGAGGAGAUGGAGUUGGAGCUGUAACUGCUUUAGGUAGUCAAGUUGUAGUUUCCACAGGUGGAGGAAGUGAAGUUGGAGUUGGUGGAAGAAGUGAGGUUGGAGUGGCUGUUACUGGAGGAAGUGAAGUUGGAGUUGGUAAAGGAAUUGAAGUUGGAGUUGUUGUUACUGGAGGAAGUGAAAUUGGAGUUGGAGUUGCUGUUACUGGAGGAACUGAAAUUGGAGUUGCUGGAGGAAGUGAAGGUGUACUUGUUGUUACCGGAGGAACUCAAGUUGGCACUUCUACUGGUGUUGCUAUUGAUUAA